AUGUCUUACAACAACAACAACAUUGGCAAUCAAACUAACACAAGGCUUGGCAAUUCAAUUCCCAAUCCAGAUGAUCUGUCUCGUAGACUAAUGUUACAAGCAGCAGUUGAUAAUAAUGAAUUCGAAGAUGAACUUUCAAAUUCACGAUCUGUCCUAAAUAGUGUUGCUGCUGGAAAUUUCUCCUCCUUUUGGGGAUCUAUUUCUCCAACAUCUGGCUCUAGAUCCCCUGUACCUUUACAAUGUUGUUGUGGCAGAGAAGAUUGUCAGAACUUUAUUGCCUUUCUUAAAACUACUCAGUCAAUGGAAGAAAGAUUAGGAUUAGCGUCUGAGGUUGGGCAGGCAUUAGUACUUAAACAAAAAAAUAUCGAAGAAUCUCAUCAAGAAUUGUCACAACAGUAUACAUUUUCACAACAAAAAAUUCAAAAUCUUGAAGAUAUAAUAAGAGAGUUUGAAAGUACGGAGCGAUCGAUAAUCAUAGAAAGAGACGAUGCAUUGCGCCAGAAAAAUAUUUUAGAAAAAAAAAAUCAUUCACUUACCAUAGCUUUAGAUACAAGUGAAGAUACUGUGCACUCCUUAAAAACGGAAAUCGAAAAACGCGAUAAUGAUAUUAAAAGAUUAUUAGCAAACAAUAUCAAAGGUGAAAGAAGCGAAGAAAGAGAAGAAAUGUUAAGGAGACAAUUAGAGGAUUUGAAUCAAGAACUUUUAGUUACUAGGAAAUCAGAAAUAGUAACUGAAAAUAAAAUAAAAAAAUUACAAGGAAGAUUUGAUUCAUUAUUGGAAGCACAUGAAAAAUUGAAAAAAGAUCAAGAGGAUAUGAAGAAAUCAAAAGGAAAAUUAGAAGCUGUUGCAAUACUACGUGAAUCAAAGGAAAGAACAAAACAAUACCAACAAUCUGUGGAUUCUAACAAUGAAGCAAAUUCUAACCUCAUAUCUCUAAUUAAAGAAUUGUCAUCAGCCAAUAAUAAACUAAAAUCAGAAGUAAUUGAGUAUCGUGAAAUUCUAACAGAAUCCAGAAAUGAGGUUACCUCUUUACAAAAUCGUAUUGAGGAAAUGGAAACAGCUAGUGCAGCAGGAUUUUUAUAUCCUGGUAGCUAUGCAACCACUGCCUCAAUUGCGUCGCCUCUAAACAAAAACUUUCCUCAGAACAUGGAUGGUGAUUUAUAUUCGGAAGAUAUUUUAAGCCCAAUUCAUUCAUCCAUUCCUCAGAAUAUCAUUACCUCAUUCGGUGUUAGUCUGAGAAAAGGUAAAAAUGUUAUUUUAGAAAUUGAAGACGAGGAUAAUGAGUGUCUUACUGAUAAUCGUUCAGAUAUAAGCGAAAGUAAACGUAAGAGAUUUGAAGAUUAUAAUUCUGAUUCACUACUUACUUGUACUGACAAUGAAUCAGACCAAGAUACGCUCGAGGGUGUAAAUAAUACUGCGAGAAGGAAAUUCAAACCAAAAUCAAAAGCGACCUCAUCUAAAUCAUUAAGGGGUAGUAUUUCCAAGAAAAAAGACCACUCUCAGAAAUCAAGAGUUUCACUAUUAUCAGCCGGUCUCAUGAAAUCGACCGAGAGUAAUUAUUCUGACUCAACCAUGCAACCUGACAAUGAAAAUUCCAAAACGCUAACCAAAAAAUCAUCGUCGCCAUUGUUAGGUAGUAAAGGUUCAUCAACACCACUACGUCGAUCCCCCUCUGCUCCGUCAAAAUCAAAUGCUCAAAGACGUGGUGGUGCCGGAAAUGCACCCAAAGGUAACAGUAUUAACAGCGGUGGUAAUGCUACUGGCUCUACCAGCCUACAGCAUAAACCAGCACAAUCUUCUCCAUUAGCAUUGCGUAAUAAAAAUGCACAAAGAUCCAACAACAGCAACAGUAGAAACAAUAACGCUUCACAAUCAUCGAAUUCUACAAUCCUCAAAUCUAAACAGAUGAAAUCAAAAACUCCUUUACCAACAUUCAAAAAAUCUAAAUUUGCAACAUUGGGACCAAAAGAACGUAAACUAAUGUUGGAAGCAUGGCGUGCAGGUGUUGCAAAUGAACAAUUCGAUGAAACUGUUAAAGGAAAAAGUCGAAGAAAUCAUUCCAAUUCACCUAUUAAAGAAUUUGUUGAAGAGGUGUUAUUGGAUGAAGCAAAUCUUCCAGCUGCUGAAGCUGCUGCAGUUGCCAACGAGGUGGAAAAUAGCUUGUCUGUUAAUGUUAGAGCGCCACUUUCAUCUGCAGCUUUACAUCCUUCAAGUCAUCAUCAUCACGAUUCAACAAUGAGCGGUCAUGAUCAAGAAUCAAAUCUUUGUACUAAUAAUAAUAACAACAACACUUCAUCAUCUCAACAACAAAAAGAAAAUCCUUAUCAAUCACUGUUCAAUAGUUGUAAUCAUAUAAUGGAAAGAUUUAAAGGCACUGAUAUUUUGGCAUUAAGUAAACAAUUGAAAAAAGCUUUUGAUAUUUUGGAAUUGACAAGUUUAAGUAAUAAUUUGAUUGAGAAUAUUUUAGCUGAUGUUGAAACUUUAAAAUUAUACGCAUUUUCUCCUGAAGACUUUUUACCAUUGGCACAUUUGUUCCAAGAUCUUUUAACAGAGAUAGGUGGUCUACGUAAAACAUUUAAUGAUCUACAGCUUACAUAUGUACGGAAAGUUGAAGAUACUCGUCGUAAAGCUGAGGAAGAGUUUGAUAGAAGUACAGGGUAUGAUGAUGAAAUAAUUGAGAGACGACAAAGUAACAGGAUGAACCAGAAUAAUGAAGUUGGGGGUGUGUUCGGUACAUUUAGUCGAGUGUUUGACAUACAAUCACAGUUACGUUAUCAUAGUAGAAGAAUGUCGGUCGAUUAUUUACAUGAACGUGAUGCAUCAGUUGGUAGUAUUGAUACAUUUGCUGAAGAUUCCUAUUUUGCAGAUCGUAAUUACGAUCCAUAUUCAAAUGUACAAAAUACAGCCAGAUCUACCACUAAACGAAGAGAGAGCAAUGAGUCAACUGGUGGCGGAGGUAGGAUUAAUAAGAGGAAGGAAGUAGCAGUAGUGGACACAACAUCAGCAGUGGCAGUAGUGAACAAAAUGGAAACCGGAAGUGGGAAAAUGAAAUACAAGAAUAUAACUGAUGAAACGACAACAUUUUUAUCACAAAAUUCUGCACAUAAAUAUAUUAAUAUUAUAGAUAAUGGUAAAACAAUUCCACAAAGAAAUCAACGUAGAAAUUUUUCGGAGAGAAGUCUUUUAGCUGAUAUUUCUACAACACCUAUAAGGUCACCUUCCUCAACUACAUUACAAUAUGUAGGAACUAAUAAUGUAGCUCCCGCAGCUCAGUCACAACGAAUCCUACCACCACCACCACCAUUGACAACAGUUACAAAGAAGCAAUUACGUACAAAUAAUAGUAAUGUUGGUAAUUUGGAAGAUCGUUUGAGAAAACAUUUAGAAGCACCAAUACUAGAUGAUAGC